AUGACCUUGCAGAUCGGCGGAUGCGGCUCGCAAUCCGCCGCUUCGCGGCUGGCUGACCAGCCAUUGCUAGAAAAGCCUCAGCCCGGACCCAGCAACGUACCAGACAGUAGCGUCCACCGCUGUCCUUACGAAGGAUGUGGCAAAAGCUACACCAAGGCAUUCAAGCUUGCCCAGCACGUCCGCAGCCACACGGGCGAGAGGCCUUUCGUCUGCGACCACGAUGGAUGCGGAGCCAGCUACAUGAGGAACGAGCACCUCAAAGCUCACCAGCGCCGCCAUCAGGAUCCUUCCGAGAAAGCGUUUGCUUGCCAAGAAGAAGGCUGCGAGCUCCGAUUCUGGACGACGAGCCAGCUCAAGAAUCACGUCCAAGCCUGCCAUGCUGAUCACUUAUCGACCGCGACGGGCGCCAGCGCGCACGACUACCCAUGCACCGAGCCCGGCUGCGAGCAGACGUUCCACAAACGCAAGCAACUCCGUCAGCAUAUACGCGACCAGCAUGCGGGCCAUUCGCAGACAGAAGCGAUGGACCGCCACGAGGGAGCCUCAUCAAACGUGGAGCAGUCGCCGUCCGCCCUGCCAUUCGUCUGCCCGUAUCCGGAUUGCGGCAAGCGCUUCGCCUCGAAUUCGAAACGCAAGACACACGCUCGGACCCAUCAGGACGGCAGGUAUACCUGCACCAUGCAGCAUGCGCGUCCGCAGAGCCAGGAGAACGGGGACCACGCAUCGCUCGUCUACACGUUCCCCACGUGGUCUGCUCUGCAGGCGCACAUGAAAGAAGCACAUCCUCCCGUAUGUCCGUGGCCCGGCUGCGGCAAGGUGUUCCAGCGCCAGGACAACCUCCGUGCCCACUAUCGCAGGCAUGAGAAUCGCAAGCUUCGGCUCGAGCUUGAAGCCAAAGUCAUGGAAGGCAGCCACGAGGCGGAACUCAAUCACUUGCGUGCGGAGCUUUCCGAUGACAGUGGAUCGUCGUCGUCCGAGGAGGAGGAGGAAGAGCAGGAGCCGCACCACACGAGAGAUCAGCCUUUGUCGAUUCAUUCGAUAGCUCCGAACAUAUCACAACAUGCAUCUCCUGUGGCCAGCGACGAGGACCUGGUCAACAGGGCGGCGCAUCUCGGUUCCACGCGGCCACGUCGAGGAGGCGUAUUCCGAGACCUCAGCUCUCCCGCCCUCAGCAUCAUCACUUCUGCAUCUGGAGGCACUGGGUCGGUCCGUCCAGGGAGUGUUGCGACAUCGCUCACCAGUGCACGCGAUCCGUCUGCAUCCUCAUUUGCGUGUACCUGGAACGGGUGCGGCAAGAUCUUCACGCGCAAAAACACGCUGUCCAUCCACGUAAGGACGGCGCAUCUGGGCGAACGACCUUUCGAAUGUCCCGACUGCGGCCGACGGUUUGCGCACAAGCAUCUGGUCUCGCGCCACCGUCGAGUGUGCACCGGUACGCGGUCGUCGCCUGAACAGAUGACGGAUACGCGCAGCAGACUGCGCUUCUCGACGAGCGGCAACGCCUCACACGACGAGGCAGAAGACCAAGCCAGCUCUUCAGAAGUAUCUUCCAAAAUCUCGGACAGUGCUGGAGAAAGCGAGGCGCAGCUUGAAGACAGCCAAGAGCGCGACAGCGAGCCGGUGAACAGCAAUGCUUCCACCACUGGCUUGUCGGCAUCAAUCAAGCCUCGACUGCUGGACUUGCUGACGGGACGUGGCUACUCAUCAGUCAGACCGGCUAACCAGCAGGUUGGGUCGGGAAAGCGUCCAUCAUCGGAGGACGGAAACGCGAAGACGCCAGCGAAGAGGCGACGCACGACCCGCGAUCGCAUCUUUGCGUGUCCGUGGACAAGCAUCUGCCACGAGCUCGACGAGCAGGUGCUGGACCCUGCGCUGCGAACAACUGGCGCGGGAUCUCCGUCAACAGCCGCGGCAACAUUGAGCGAUGCUUGCGAGCACCGCUUCAAGCGCUUGUACGAUCUUCGACGCCAUCUCCGCGCCCAGCACGGUCUGGAUCUCACAGCGGACGAGCUCAGUGCGAUCAUCGACCGGACGCCAUGGGCUAGUGUACAAUAG